AGCUCCACGCUGGCUUCCAGGAGGUGGAGCAGGAGCUGCCGGGCGCCGAGGACCUGGACGGGGCGGCGCGGGCGCUGAUGCGGCUGCAGGACGUGUACGGGCUCAGCGUCAAGGGCUUGGCCAACGGCGUCUUCCAGCGCGCCGGGGCCGCCCGCCCGCCCCUCUACAGCCCCCGCCGGCUCGUGGCCCUCUCCGCCGACGACUGCUUCCAUGUGGGAAAGGUGGCCUAUGACACGGGUGACUAUUACCACUCCAUCGCGUGGCUGGAGGAGGCCGUCGGCCUCUUCCGCCUCUCCUACGGCAGCUGGAACCCGGAGGACCGGAGCAGCCUGGAGGAUGCUCUGGACCAUCUCGCCUUCUCCUACUUCAUGGCUGGAAACGUCUCCCAUGCCUUGAGCCUCUCCAGGGAGUUUCUCCAUUAUGACCCCAGUAACCCCAGGGUGUUGAGGAACGUGGUCAAGUACGAGGAGCUGCUGGAGAAGGGGACAGGGAGAAGCGCUGAGCCCCUGCGACGUCCCAAUGGCACCCACCUACAGAGCCGGGAUGCCUACGAGGAGCUGUGCCAGCGCCCACGGGGGCAGUCAGCCCCGGAGCAUCUCCCACACCUCGUCUGCUCCUAUGAGACCAAUGGCAGCCCCUUCCUCCUGCUCCAGCCUGCCAAGAAGGAGAUGGUCCAGACCCAGCCCUACGUGGCUUUGUACCACGAUUUCAUCAGUGAUGCCGAGGCUGAGACCAUCAAGAGGUUGGCCGGGCCUUGGCUGCAGAGGUCCGUGGUCGCCUCUGGGGAGAAGCAGCAGAAAGCUGAGUACCGGAUAAGCAAGAGUGCCUGGCUGAAGGACACGGCCGACCCGGUGGUGCGGGCGCUGGAGCAGCGCAUCGGGGCCGUCACCGGCCUGGACCUGAGGCCGCCCUAUGCCGAGUACCUGCAGGUGGUCAAUUAUGGGCUGGGAGGCCACUACGAGCCACACUUCGACCACGCCACGUCGAGGAAGAGCCCCCUUUACAGGAUGAAGUCAGGCAACAGGAUCGCCACGGUCAUGAUCUACCUGAGCGCAGUGGAAGCCGGCGGCUCCACCGCCUUCAUCGCCGCGAACAUCAGCGUCCCCGUGGUCAAGAACGCGGCUCUCUUCUGGUGGAACCUGCAUCGGAACGGGGCCGGGGCCGGGGCCACGCUGCACGCUGCCUGCCCCGUGCUGGCCGGGGACAAGUGGGUGGCCAAUAAAUGGAUCCAUGAGUACGGGCAGGAAUUCCGGCGGCCGUGCAGCACGGACCCACAGGAAUGAGGCCACCGUGGGCUCAUGGAUGUGGCACCCAUGGGUGCACCCA